AAAUAAAAUUUCCAGCUCUGAUUGAUUUGAGAAACUCCCCACCUCUCUUAAUUUGAGGGAGAUAAUAUAGAUAACAAAGAAGAGAGAGAGAAAAACAAGAAAAGAAAAGAAAGGUUGAGAGAAAAUGAUGAGUCAGUGUAUAGUACCCAGUUGGAAUCUAAGUCACCAAAGACAAGACCUUAAGCUUAACAACCAAGGAGAAGAAGUAAACAGAUCUUCUCACGUGGACUUGGACUCUCAUCAUAACCAUUUUCAGCAACACCAGAACUUCUCUCAACUUGUUCCCAUGUCGAAUUUUGAGGUAACAGAGCUAACAUGGGAAAAUGGACAAUUAGCCAUGCACGAACUAGGAGGCAUGUUCCCGGCUCCUACUACCACAACCACCUCCUCCCCACCGAAGGCCACAUGGGCGGGUGGCGUAGGCAGGGUCACAGACACGCUAGAGUCCAUAGUCCACCAAGCAACCUACUGUAACAACAAACAAAGCCCAAAUUUAUUGCCUGCUUCUGUACCUCAUCAGCAUUCAGGUCAUCAAAACAUUGAAAAUGUCGGGUCAUCAAUUGUGGGCUCUUCUGGAGGGAAAUGGGCCGAGAAAUCCGGACACAUACAGACACCAGUAGGCCCACCACCCCCACACCCGGUACUAAUGAAGAAACGGACACGCUCUGAGUCUGAAAACUGUGCAGUAAGGAACACCAACGAUCAUGAUAUGAGCGCGUGUGCUAGUGCAAACGCUGCGUUUUGUAAGGAAAACAGCAAUAAUAAUAAUACUAAUAACAACAAUGACACAACUAUGAUGACAUGGGCAUCGUAUGAGUCUCCUAGGAGUUGUACAAGAACUAAGACUACCACCGAUGAGGAUUCCGCUUGCCAUGAUGGCUCGGUACUUAAAUCUUCUGCUCCCUUCUUAUCUUUGAUCAUUGCUUUAUUCAAAGCAAGAAAAAUGGAAAUAAAUCAAACAGAAUUACUUUGGAAAGGAGAAGCCAUUUGCUAUGAAAACCAGGAGGAAGAGCGAGAUACUAAAGGAGAAACAGGUCGAUCCUAUACGACAAGAAAAGGAAGGGCAGCUGCUGUUCAUAAUCAGUCUGAAAGGAGACGAAGAGACCGCAUCAACCAAAAGAUGAAAGCUCUGCAGAAGCUAGUUCCCAAUGCAAGCAAGACAGAUAAAGCAUCGAUGUUGGAUGAGGUGAUUGAGUACCUAAAGCAGCUUCAAGCACAAGUUCAGAUGAUGACUAAUGCAAGAUUUAUGCCUCAGAUUAUGAUGCCUCUAGGGAUGCAGCAACACUUACAUCAGAUGUCCCUCCUGGCGAGAGUGGGAAUGGGAGCCGGCCUAGGAAUGGGAUUAGGUAUGCUUGACACAACUAAUAUGGGCGCUGCCCACCCAGCAACGCAGGCAAUACCCUCAAUAAUCCAUCCUACUCAAGUGGCCGCUGCUACCUCCACAUUUAUGCCACCUGGCUUUGUUGUCCCUCAGAUGGUUUCUGCAGCUGCCCAGCAACCAAAUCCUGCUGAUCCCGGAACUAGCAAUUCUGCUCCUUUACAUGAUCCCUACAGCACACUUCUGGCACAGUCUAUGAACAUAGAUCUCUACAACAGGAUUGCAGCUUUACAAAGGCAACAGCAGGCAUCAUCACAACAAACAAGCAAUCAGUUGCAGUCAAACCAUCAUGUUCAGCGAAGUUGAGAUUAUAUUGAUUGUGAAUUAUGAUCUAGAGGUUUUGUUAGCUCCCUUUAGCACAGUUUUGGCAAAUGUAAAUGGUUUAGAUUAUUAAUUGGUGCUUAUCAGUCAUUUUCUUUUUCUCUUUUCAACUCUUAGUUGUCAAAUAUAAAGCUAUUAUGUUACAUGUAUUUGUGCCACCUAUACAAUAAGAUAUAUACAAUAAAAGAAAGAGUAGUUGCGAACUGUUUUUCAGAA